AUGAUGCCCAGCUUGGCCUGGCUCUGGACUCUGCUCUUCUGUCCUGCUGUUUGGUGUGUCGGGGCCCUGGCGCUGGGCACGACCCCUGCCUGCCCCCCGCCGUGCCACUGCGAGGAGGAUGGCAUCAUGCUGUCGGUGGAUUGCGCGGAGCAGGGGCUUUCUGCUGUGCCAAGGAACCUGAACCCGUUAACAGCUUACCUGGAUCUCAGCAUGAACAACAUCACUGAACUCCAGCCUGGCCUGUUCCAUCACCUGCGGUUCCUGGAAGAACUGCGACUCUCAGGAAAUCACCUCUCCCAAAUCCCAGGACAAGCAUUUUCUGGCCUGUUCAGCCUGAAAAUUCUGAUGUUGCAGAAUAACCAGCUGGGCCGCAUCCCUGCUGAGGCAUUGUGGGAGCUUCCUAACCUCCAGUCUCUGCGCCUGGAUGCCAACCUCAUCUCCCUGGUACCCGAGAGGAGCUUUGAGGGACUUCCUUCCCUCCGCCACCUGUGGCUGGAUGACAACGCCCUGACAGAGAUCCCCGUAGAGGCCCUCAACAACCUCCCGGCUCUGCAGGCCAUGACCCUCGCACUCAAUCAAAUCAGCCACAUCCCCGACGGCGCCUUUCAGAACCUCACCAGCCUGGUAGUGCUGCACCUCCACAACAAUCGCAUCCGAUGGCUGGGGACCAACAGCUUUGAAGGACUCCACAACCUGGAGACACUAGACCUGAAUUAUAAUGAGCUUCUGGAGUUUCCCGUGGCCAUUAGGACGCUCAGCAGACUCCAGGAAUUGGGUUUCCAUAACAACAACAUCAGAGCUAUCCCUGAGAAGGCAUUUGUGGGGAACCCAUUACUGCAGACCAUCCACUUCUAUGACAAUCCAAUCCAGUUUGUGGGGCAGUCGGCCUUCCAGGAUCUGCCCAAGCUUCACACGCUGUCCCUGAACAGUGCAACUGACAUCCGAGAGUUCCCAGAUCUGAAAGGCACCACCAGCCUGGAGAUCCUGACUCUGACCAGGGCAGGAAUCCGGCUACUCCCCUCUGCGAUGUGCCUGCAGCUCCCGAGACUUCGUGUCCUUGAACUCUCUCACAAUCAAAUCGAGGAAUUGCCCAGCCUGCGCAGGUGUCAGAAGCUGGAGGAAAUCGGCCUCCAGCACAAUCGGAUUCGGGAAAUCCGAGCCGACACCUUUGGACAGCUGGACGCUCUGCGGGCCCUAGACCUCAGUUGGAAUGCCAUCCGUUCCGUCCACCCUGAAGCCUUUCUGACCCUCCGCUCCCUCAUCAAACUAGACCUGACAGACAACCAGCUAACCACCCUCCCUCUGGCCGGCCUCAGUGGCCUGAUGCACCUGAAGCUCAAAGGGAACCCCGCGCUCUCCGAAGCCUUCUCCAAGGACAGCUUCCCUAAGAUGAGAGUUCUGGAGGUCCCAUACGCCUAUCAGUGCUGCGCAUACGGGGUCUGUGCCGGCUUCUUCAAGACCUCGAGCCAGUGGGAGUCUGAUGACCUAAACCCUGAGGAGGAGGAGGAAGAGGAGGAGGAAGAAGAGGAGGAGGCCCAAAAGAGGACAUCAGGCCUCCUGGCAAGUCAUGCCGAAAAUCACUAUGACCUGGACCUGGAUGAUUUCCAACUGGAGAUGGAGGACUCCAAGCUGCACCCCACUGUCCAGUGCAGUCCAAGUCCAGGACCCUUCAAGCCUUGUGAACACCUGUUUGACAGUUGGGUGAUCCGCCUGGGCGUCUGGACCAUCGUGCUGCUCUCGGUGCUGUGCAACGGGCUGGUCCUGCUGGCCGUCUUCGCCGCUCCGGCCCACCUGUCCCCGGUCAAGUUUGUGGUGGGCGCCCUCGCGGGGGUCAACACCCUGACGGGCCUCUCCUGCGGCGUGCUGGCCUGUGUGGACGCCCUGACCUUUGGCCAGUUUGCCCAGUACGGGGCCCGCUGGGAGACCGGGCUGGGCUGCCGUGCUACCGGCUUCCUGGCCAUCUUGGCCUCGGAGGCCUCGGUGCUGCUCCUGACCCUGGCUGCGGUCCAGUGUAGCGUCUCCGUGUCCUGCGUGCGGGCCUACGGGAAGACUCCCUCCCUGGGCAGCGUGAAGGCCGGAGCCCUGGUGUGCCUGGCGCUGGCCACUUUGGCCGCGGCCCUGCCGCUGUCGUCCAUCGGGGAAUAUGGGGCUUCCCCACUGUGCCUGCCUUACUCGCUGCCCGAGGGCCGCCCGGCCGCCCUGGGCUUCGCCGUGGCCCUGGUGAUGAUGAACUCCCUCUGCUUUCUCAUCAUCACCGGCGCCUACAUCAAGCUCUACUGCGACCUGCUCCGGGGAGACAUGGACGCGGUGUGGGACUGUGCCAUGGUCAAGCACGUGGCCUGGCUCAUCUUUGCCGACGGGCUCCUCUACUGCCCGGUGGCCUUCCUCAGCUUCUCCUCCAUGCUCAACCUCUUCCCCGUCACUCCCGAGGUCAUCAAGUCAGUCCUCCUCGUGGUGCUGCCCUUGCCCGCCUGCCUCAACCCCCUGCUCUACCUGCUCUUCAAUCCACACUUUCGGGAGGACCUUAGGCUGCUGCUGCUGCUACUGCUGAGGGCCCGGGCCUCUGGCCUGCCCUCCUUCACCUCAGAAGAGCUGGAGAAGAGCUCCUGCGAUUCCACCCAAGCUCUGGUCGCCUUCUCUGACAUCAAUCUCGUUCUGGAGGCCCCGGAGCACCGGGUGGGGGCUCCUGCUGGCCUAGAGCCCUACAGCUUCCCCUCAAUGACCCUCAUAUCCUGCCAGCAGCCGGCCGGCCCCACUCUGGGGCUGGAGGGUGGCCGUUUUCUGGGGCUGGAGGGCAGCCCUUUUGCUGGGACCCAGGCCCACCUCACUGAAGAAGAACUGCUGUUGGUGGCAGAGGGGGCGGUGCCAGGGAGCGGGAGCCUCGGCCAUGGUGUCCGGCCCUCUUUUCCAGCUUUCACCACGCAUUUAUAACCCCGACUUCCUCACCUCCUCCAUCUCUCUCCCUGUCCUGGGGCUCUUUUCUCUCUGUGUACA